UGAUUGAUUGGUGAAGAGGAAAAAAAAUUUGAUAUGACAUUUUUCUCACAAAGAUACAAAAAAAGUGUUGACAUUGUCAUUGUCAUUUGGAAUUUAGAAAAUUUUGUUUUUUAAGAAAAGAAAAGAAAAAAAUAUGUCAUUCGAAGAUUCGGAUUAUAUUUCAGCCAAUAUUGUACCGAUUAGAGAUUUACCGGCUGAUUUACGACAAUCAGAACGUAUACAACGUAUACUGAAUGAAUAUCAAAAACAUUUUGGUCAAUCAUGUCGACCAUUAUUUUUGGUUCGUGUACCAGGUCGUGUUAAUCUAAUUGGUGAACAUAUUGAUUAUUGUGGCUAUUCGGUAUUACCAAUGGCAAUUGAACAAGAUAUUAUGAUGGCUGUUGGUCCAAACGAUAAAUCUGGUCAAAUACAUUUAGCUAAUGUUGAUAAUCAAUAUCCGGAUGUUACAAUCAAUGUAAUGGAUUUAGAAUUUCCAAAAUCAAUAAAAUGGUAUCAUUAUUUUUUAUGCGGUUAUAAAGGUAUUGUUGAUAAAUAUUGUUCGAUGGAUGUACAAUCGGAUAAUCAACAACAAUUACCAUCAAUAAAUGUUAUUGUUCAUGGUACAAUACCGGCUGCAUCUGGCCUUUCUAGUUCUUCGGCAAUGGUUUGUUCAUCAGCAUUAUCAACAUUGAUCGCUUAUCAUCAAUCAAUUUUUAAAAUAUCAACACCGAUUCCAAAAUUAGAUAUUGCAUUAUUAUGUACAAAAUGUGAACGUUAUAUUGGUACAGAUUCCGGUGGUAUGGAUCAAGCUAUUGCAAUGUUAGCGGAAAAAGGAUCAGCAAAAAUUAUUGAUUUUAUUCCACAAUUAAAUGCAACUAAUGUUGAUCUACCGGAUGGUGUUUGUUGGUUUAUAGCACAUUGUGGUAUAUCGAUGCAAAAAGCUGUUACAGCACAUUAUAAUACACGUGUUGCUGAAACCCGGUUAGCAGCUGCUAUUAUUGCAAGAAAAUUAAAAAUUGCCGGUUAUAAACUUGGUGAUCAAUUAUGGGUUGUACAACAAGCAAGUGCAAUUCCAUUAGCCGAAAUGGGUGAACAUUUAUCAUCAAUUUUUGAUUUGGAAAAAGAAUUUUAUACAAAAUCCGAUAUUUGUUCCAUACUUGGAAUCGAUACAAAUGAAAUGGAAAAAACAUUUUUAUCACGUGUAAGCGAACCGAUUGAAGAAUUUAAACUUUAUCAACGAGCUAAACAUGUUUAUGAUGAAGCAUAUCGUGUACAAGAAUUUCGACGAAUUUGCGAUACAACUAAAGAUGUCGAACAUCUUGGACAAUUAAUGAUUGAAUCACAUGAAAGUUGUCGUGAUCUUUAUGAAUGUUCAUCACCACAAUUAGAUGAAUUAGUUGCGCUGGCAUUGGAAAAUGGUGCAAUUGGAUCACGUUUAACCGGUGCUGGUUGGGGUGGUUGUACUGUUAGCCUUGUUUAUGAAGAAAAUGCUCAAGAUUUUGAAACAAUUUUAUCAAAAAAUUGUAAAUUUGUUUGCCGUACAAAUCCUAGUGGUGGAGCUAUAAUUUAUCAAAUUUAAAUAUAUAAAAUUCUAAUCAAUUAAUUAAUCAAUCACAAUCAAUCAAUCAACAUACCCUUUUUUCCAUUCAAAAAUAUG